AACUUGCCUCUAGUGUUCAUCUCCAUCCAUAGAAUUUUCCAUUCUCGUGCUCUACCCACGAAAGGUUACCAGCAAAAGGCUCCAACGUACUUCUUCAAAGGCUACUCGGCAUUCAUCUUUUUUCUUAGCUAGGUUCAUUUCAUGUACUCCAUAUAUAUGUAUUUUUUCAAACAUAGUUAUAUAUAUAUAUAUUGUGCAGAAUUCUAGUAUGGAAUUAAGCGAUUUUGUGGAAUUUUCUGAAUUGACAGGCAAAGGAAUUUACUACAAGCUAGCUUUGUGGGAAUUUAAUUUAAUUAAUUCCAUGGGGUACACAGAGAAGACGCAGAGGACUUUUGAUCUAAAGCUGAAUCUCCAUUGCAAAAAUUGUGCGAAUGACGUGAGGAAGAUUGUGCUUAAAAUUGAAGGGGUGGUUUCAAUAGACAUAGACAAAGAUCUGGAACUCGGGAAGUCAACCAUUUCAGGAAACGUGAACCCACAAACAGUCAUAAAGAAGCUUAAAGAUCGUGCCAACAAACAUGCUAAGCUCUUGGGGAAAGAAGAAGAAGAAUGCCCACCCAAAAUCAACCACCAGGAGAUGCAAAUUGUGUUGCAGCAAAAUCCAGUUCGAAUUGAUCAACAGAAGGUGGCCUCACAGCCUCCAGGUAUCAUCAGCAAAUCUGUUGACAAACCGAUGGAAAGAGAUAUUCAUGAUUGCGACCCAAAGUUCUGGAGUAUAUUAUUGACUGUGACUUGUUUUCAUGCAUAUCGAUCGUUCCAAUUUUUAUUAGGUCUCAUCAGCGAAGCUGUUGGCAAACUGAUGGAAAUGGAAAUUCAUGAUUGCGACCCAAAGCAUGAUCAUGAGCUUGAGCUAAAAAGCUAUAACAAACCGUUCAAAUGUAACAAAUGCAGGGAAGAUGGUUUUACAUCGGGAUAUCGAUGCAAGCACUGUGUCUAUGAUCUCCACAAGGACUGCCUGGAACCUAAACCCACGAUAAAACAUGACCUUUUUGUUGCGGAAACUAAGGAUCAAACCAGAACACAAACACACACACAAACACAGAGACAAAGAUUUACGUGGUUCCCCAAAAUCGGGUACGUCCACGGGGGGCAGCCAGAUUAUAUUUAGGAGGAGGAGGAUUACAAAUCACUCAAACUCACACUCUCUCAAACUGAUACAAAAUCAGAUACGUUUCUGAUUUCCCACUCUCUGGUCUCUCACUCAAGAGAGAUACAAAAAACAUGGAGCAAAGCUCGAAUUUUAUAGGCUGUGCAAACUUCACUGUUCAUGGCCAUGCGAGGAUCAAUGCAAAUCCACGCCUGAGAUUUUUCCUGAUUUGAGCGUGGCUUGAGAAAUCUUCAUAGGCUGCCAAUCUUUGACUUCAAUCACCCACAUGGGAGAAUGAAUUGCAUUCAAUGCAACCCACGCCAAAUCUUCUGAGUAAAUGCAAAUCUGCAUUUGUAUAGGAUGGAGCCAAAACAUGGCCUCAAAAGUCAACACUUUUCCCAGAAUCCAUCUUCAAAUAUCGCCAGAAACCUGGAAAAACUUGUGAUGCAUGUGGGAUGGAAAUCCACGGCCAUUCCUAUAGCUGUGAAAAGGACGACUUGGAUUUGCACCCAGCUUGUAGCAAACUGCCAGAGAAAUUGCCCAUUAGUGGCACGGACUUUGUGCUCUGCAAAAAGGUCAAUUAUAAGUGCUUUUGGUGUAAACAGAAAAAGCCUAGCUGGCUCGCGGAAACCAAAGUUGCGGGUUUGUGUUAUGUUUCAAAGGGUGGCAAGUUCUCUUGUCAUGUGCAUUGUUUAUCUCUCGUGAUGCAAGAGGCUUGGAAGAGGGGGAGAGGGGACUUGGAUCGUAACGAUGACAAUGAUGAUGACAAUGAUGCUAUUUCUAAGGUGCUGGGAAAAGUGGAUUUGAAGCAUAUGGCUACUGCAAAAGGAAGUGGUGGGGAAGGUGGUGGAUUAUUUCUCGGGACGGUAACUAUAUUUCUUAAAACGAUAAUUAGUAUUCUAUUUGGAAAUCCAACUGGUUUGAUUGUGUUUGCUUUGACGGAAAUAGUCAAAGAAUUGACUCUCUAGAAUCUUUUUAAAAUUUGCUCUGUUAGCAGAUGAUGCAUUAGUAGACUUUACCAUUUCAUUUUUUUUUUAUUUUUAUUGAAUGGUGGUAUGUACAUCGUGUUGGGAAUAACGUUUAUAAUAGAGUUUUACUAAAUUUAUGGAGUAUAUUUAAG